GCGUGUUGGCGAGCUAAUUUAAUUGUGAGUCAUUUUGGCAUGGGUAGCUGAAGACCCUGUAGAAAUCAUUGGCAAAAAUGUCGUCAGACCCUCCUGAUGAGAAGGAGGAGAAAGUGCGUGCUCUCGAUGAGGAUGACAUUGCCCUGCUUAAGACCUACGGACAAGGUCCCUACUCAGUUCGCAUUAAAAAUGUUGAAAAGGACGUGAAGGAAAUCGUCAAGAAAGUGAACGAAGUAAGUGGUGUGAAAGAAUCAGACACAGGCCUGGCCCCACCAAGUCGAUGGGAUUUGGUGUCAGACAAGCAGGCAAUGCAGGAGGAGCAGCCUCUGCAGGUGGCGCGGUGUACAAAGAUCAUCAAGCCUGGCACAGAAGAAGCCAAGUAUGUGAUCAAUGUGAAGCAAAUCGCCAAGUUUGUGGUGGGCCUGGGUGACCGUGUGGCGCCCACUGAUAUUGAGGAGGGGAUGCGCGUCGGGGUGGACCGCAACAAGUAUCAAAUACAGAUCCCGCUGCCGCCAAAGAUCGACCCCACAGUGACGAUGAUGACAGUGGAGGAGAAGCCAGACGUGACGUACUCUGACAUCGGCGGCUGCAAGGAGCAGAUUGAGAAGAUGCGCGAGGUCGUGGAGCUGCCCAUGCUGCACCCUGAGAAGUUUGUGCAGCUGGGCAUUGACCCCCCAAAGGGCGUCCUCUGCUAUGGGCCCCCAGGCACCGGCAAGACGCUGCUGGCGCGCGCGGUGGCCAACAGGACGGACGCUUGCUUCAUCCGCGUCAUCGGCAGUGAGCUGGUGCAGAAGUAUGUGGGCGAGGGUGCACGCAUGGUGCGCGAGCUCUUCCAGAUGGCCAGGUCAAAGAAGGCGUGCCUGGUCUUCUUCGAUGAGAUUGACGCCAUCGGCGGCGCGCGAUUUGACGACGGUGCAGGUGGCGACAAUGAGGUGCAGAGGACCAUGCUGGAGAUUGUCAACCAGCUGGAUGGGUUCGACUCGAGAGGGAACAUUAAGGUGCUGAUGGCGACCAACAGGCCGGACACGCUGGACCCAGCGCUGCUGCGGCCGGGGCGGCUGGACCGGAAGGUGGAGUUUGGCCUGCCUGACCUGGAGUCGCGCACUCAGAUCUUCCAAAUCCACACCCGCACCAUGAACUGCGAGCGCGACAUCCGCUUCGAGCUGCUCUCGCGGUUGUGCCCAAACUCCACUGGUGCGGACAUCAGGAGUGUGUGCACGGAGGCGGGCAUGUUUGCCAUCAGGGCUCGCAGGAAGACAGUGACAGAGAAGGACUUCUUGGAUGCUGUCAACAAGGUCAUCAAGGGCUACCAGAAGUUUAGUGCAACACCCAAGUACAUGGUGUACAACUAGACAUUGUAUGGUGGCUGCAACGUGAUGUUUUACUGACUGGGAACUCAAGAAGCUGAACAAAUAUUCCAAUGUUUCAGUGUGACCUGCAACUCUACAUCUGACCUUGAUUGAGAUCUAAGUUACACGAUUUGACGAGUACAUUGCCUCUGUAAGAACAGUGGUUCCUGAAACACAUUAUGCAGAAGGGUGGAGAGAUGUGACUCAAUCGGUCUUCUCAAUCUCAAUCAGUCGGACUUCUUCGCAAAGGCGCUCUGGUAACAUCACAGCACAAGACUAUGGCAUCAAAAUACUUGCUCCUAGAUACAACAGAACUGAAUGUUUCCUCGCUCUACUGACAACAUUGCCGGGAGCCUGUUCAUACUGGCCAUGGGUCACUCAGCACCCUCUGCCCUCCUCGCUCACACAUCUACAAAAAAUGUCCCACUGGGUAACGCCUCUGCAACUGCUCCUCUCACUUCUCCUGCACCUCGAUGCCGUUGGCGCGCGCAACGAUGCACACAUCCACCAUGUCCAU